GUUUCCGGCGCAGUAUGCUGGAUGCUGAUGCUGUGGAGGCUUGUUGAUCAGUAGCAUCAUGAUGUCGGUCGACAUGCUGUGCUGUCAGCAGCAUUAUGUUGACCUCUGCCUGGGCUUUCUCCUCUUCAUAGCCGGACUGCAGCAGGUGGAAGCGGCCGCCGACACAGAGAUGGUCAACUUAAACUGGAAGCCCUUCAUCUACGGAGGAAUGGCCUCGAUUGUCGCAGAAUUCGGGACAUUUCCCAUCGACCUGACUAAGACCCGCCUACAGGUGCAGGGUCAGUCCCAGUACACCGAGGUGCGCUACAGGGGCAUGUUCCACGCGCUCUUCAGGAUCGGCCAGGAGGAGGGGAUCCGGGCGCUGUACUCUGGGAUUUCCCCGGCCCUUCUGAGACAAGCUUCAUACGGCACCAUCAAAAUAGGAACGUACAAUUCUCUGAAGCGGCUCUUCGUCAGUCAGCCAGAAGACGAGACGAUGAUCAUCAACGUGUUCUGUGGGGUCGUAUCCGGAGUGAUGUCCUCCAUGCUGGCCAACCCCACCGACGUCCUCAAGAUCAGAAUGCAGGCACAGGGCAGCCUGUUACAAGGCAGCAUGAUGUCCAACUUCAUCAACAUCUAUCAGACAGAGGGCACCAGGGGGCUGUGGAGAGUGAGUUCCUCAUACUUCUGCCAUCUCUGCUGCCUUUAUGUUUGGAACAAUCAACCUCCAACCAACCCCACCCUGAUCAUAAUCAUCCUACUUUACCUUUAA